AUGAUUACCACCUACAAACGACCCGUCCACAAAAGCUGCAUCAACUGCUGCAGGGAGCAGAAGGCUUUACGCAAAUGGAACUUGGUAGAGGAACCUCUGGAUCUUCUCACAGAAAAACGAGACUUGGCCUUCUACGACCUUCUGCCUAGUCAUCUUCCACCGUCAAUAUCAUUAAGCAUGAUUUCGAUCAUCUAUCAAAUUCGAGCAACGGCCUUCGUUCAGCGUCCUCAACACGGAAGCUAUGCCGGAUCAGUCAUUACUAUUGAUCACUCUAUCCCCCUUUGUCGAGUAUCAUCAAAGCCUCAGCUACCACCAUACAUUUCCCAUAGCUCUACUUCAACUGGUCUCGAAUUCCGUGCCUUUCUGGAAGCGAUACAAAUUCACAAUCCUAGCAACAUUUCCAUUCAACUGGGUGGCCUCCUCCGCCAGUCAACAUCGGACCAGAUGAACUAUAAAUGGAAAAUCAUGCGAACUGAGUGGGCAUUAGACGAGGUGGUCACGUUUCCUCCCCAGUCAUGUGAUAAGCACCCUGGGGUGGAAUGGCUGAGAGCUGCGCAGAAGCCGGUUAUAAAAACACGGAAUCUGGCUGCGCAGGUGAUGUACGGAGGAUGGAAGUCUGAUUCAGCGGAUGAAUCAUCGGCGGCUCUCGAUCUUACCGUUGACCUUUCCACGAAAAGUGCGGCAAAGCACCCUCCUACUUGUUCUUAUGACAGCCCGAACGUCGGGUCGUUAAAAAUCCAUCACUAUUUAACGUUGGAGCUCUCAGUGAUUCUAGAGCAAUUUUCAGAGGGCAAAAAAGACGAGGCUACAGCAGUCGGAGUAGGACGGAUCAUCAAACAAAGAUUCCCAGUUUCUUUGGUGGAUAGCAUUGGGGUGGACGACACAGUUAUGGAACUCCCCGAUUAUGACGACCCACCCCAUUAUGAAACGGCAAUAGGUGAUUGA